UCGGGUUUCGUUUGGUGGUUGCUCUUGAUUUAGUGGGUUUAUUCAGACGGAAUUCGAAUUGAUCUAUGCGGUUUUAUGAUUAUACGCAUUUCUAGAUCAUGUUCACUGAAGUAGUUGUGAAUUUUAGGAUUCUUUCAACCAUCUACGUUAAUAUUCAUCUUUGUAAUCUAUGCGUAAAGUGGCUUGAGUUUUAAUUGUUUUCUCUGUUUUAUAUUUUUUAAUUAGGAAUCUGACUUUGCGUCUACAGCAUUUGUUUUGUGGAAACUAUUUAGUGCAUAUGAUUUUGCUAUUUCAUUGAAUAGAGUAGCUUACGUUAUUUUGCUUCCAGGAGUUUUGAUCAUUAUUUCGGAUGAUGAUGCAUGCUGUCUCUCUACCAUUGUCUCAUGAUCUCAAAGUUCACAAGAUCCAUGAACCUUCCGGAUACCAUAACACUGGUGUUGGUAAGAACCGAGUAUCUCUUUCUCACACAGGUCUCUCAUCAUGUUCCACGAGACAAGAUUUUUGGAGUUUCCACCUUCUGGAGAGCUUGAGUGGUUCAGUAGCUCCUGUAUCAUCUAGAUGUAAUGUUUUUGUUUGUCGAUCGGUUUUAUUGCCAGGAGGAAAUGAGGCUCCUAUUCUUAAAGCAGCUGCAAUGGUUUUUACUAGGGCCUCUGAUGCUUUACGUGGAAAUCCUCAGUUGUUCAAACUGAUCCCAGCUGUUGGGAUUCUGGCGUUUGCUACAUGGGGUCUUAGGCCACUGUUGCGACUUGGCUUGGUUGCCCUUUUCGAGAAGGGGACUGAUGCCAACUCAAACAAGAGCAGUACACAUGUUGCGGUGUCAUAUCUUCAGCCUUUGUUGCUCUGGAGUGGUGCAAUUCUUUUAUGCAGAACACUGGACCCGAUAAUUUUGCCUUCGAGUGCCAGUCAGGCUGUUAAGCAACGCCUUCUGAACUUUGCCCGAGCCUUAUCAACAGUGCUGGCAUUUGCCUGCUGUUUAUCAAGCUUGAUUCAACAGGCACAGAAAUUCUUUACAGAGACAAAUAAUUCCAAUGAUGCUAGGAACAUGGGUUUCAGUUUUGCUGGGAAAGCUGUAUACACUGCUGCAUGGGUAGCUGCUGUAUCAUUAUUUAUGGAGCUGUUGGGUUUCUCUACCCAGAAGUGGUUGACAGCCGGAGGUCUUGGGACAGUACUCCUCACACUAGCUGGUCGUGAGAUACUCACGAACUUUCUUUCAAGUAUCAUGAUUCAUGCAACCCGGCCCUUUGUUCUGAACGAAUGGAUUCAAACUAGGAUUGAAGGCUAUGAAGUUUCCGGCACAGUAGAGCAUGUUGGGUGGUGGUCUCCCACAGUUAUAAGAGGUGAUGACCGAGAAGCAGUCCAUAUUCCAAACCACAAGUUCACUGUAAGCGUGGUGAGGAACCUCAGCCAAAAGACUCAUUGGCGAAUAAAAACACAUCUCUGCAUCAGUCAUCUCGACGUCAGCAAGAUUAAUAAUAUCGUGGCUGAUAUGCGCAAGGUUUUGGCUAAAAAUCCUCAAGUGGAGCAGCAAAAAAUACACAGAAGAGUUUUUUUGGAAGAUGUAGAUCCGGAGAACCAGGCCCUCAAGAUCCUAAUAUCCUGCUUUGUCAAGACAUCGCGUUUCGAGGAAUACCUGUGUGUUAAGGAAGCAGUGCUCUUGGAUCUUCUCAGAGUUAUUAGGCAUCACGGUGCUCGUCUUGCAACUCCCAUCCGCACGGUACAGAGAAUGCGUAACGAGGCCGAGGUGGACAGUGCUGCUUUCUCCGACAUCGUUUUCACGCACGCAUCUUCAUCAAUUAACCACCGUCGACUCAUGCUGAUCGAGCCGUCCUACAAAAUCAACAGCAGCGACGAAAAAGCCAAGCCCUCGCCUAACUCGGCGCAAAGAAUCGAAGAAACGGAUUCUGAGGGAGAACAAGAGUCAGCAUCAUCGGAAACAGAAGAGGAAUCAAAGAAAGAUAGACUGAAGACAACAUCCCCGAUUUCGAACUCAAAAGCAGAAGAGAAGGAAAAGGAAGGGGAGGGAGAGUUGAAGAAGGCUGUGGUUUCGCAAGAGAAGAGGGAGGGUGGAAAUGUUACGGCGCUGGAAGAGAACAUUGUUCUCGGGGUUGCGUUGGAGGGUUCAAAGCGUACGCUUCCGAUCGAAGACGAGGAGGAGGAAGCGGCCGAUGAAUCCGAAGAAAUCGGAUUGCGAUCAGAGUGAUAGUCCCAAAAUGAAAGGAAACUGUUUUUGUGUGUGUGUGGAAGUGAGAGAGCGCGGCUCUGUUGGUUUUUUUAGGUGAAGAGCUGAGCGCUCAAUGUCUGUAAAUAUCUUAACCUAUUUAUCUUGAAUGCUUUGAACGAGUUUUUAUGAAAGAAGGCAUUUAUGAAA